GAUCCUUCAUGCCGCGGCCCGAAUCCUUCGAAAUGAAGAGACAACGUGGUUGUGGCAUUUUUAAACUUCACCAUGGCCAGGUACUGCCGGAUUGCUCCUGCUGUCAACCACAGUCCACCUCACUUCAAUCGUGAACAAAGACAUCGAGAGUACUCUGGCACCAUGAAAGGCUUCGACCAGUCCGCAGCCGAGGUUCCUCUCGUCUUUCGCAAUGAGACCAGUGAUGGCAGAGCCGUCAGUUCCAGCAAUGGUUCCUUCGAUCCCAAAGCUUCAGGAAAGCAAGGAUCGUGGAAUCAACGCGAACAAAAGAGAAGCAACACCGGGAUUUCGCUGACUCCAUCUGGUCCAUGGGAGCACAAAUUGACCGACAAGUAUCUUGGUGACGUUCCCAGCUCUUCCAACACCGUCAGAUACUUCAAUCGCCGUCGCCAGGCAAGGAGGGUCUUCAUUGAUUGUCUCAUCAUCUGGUGUGUGACAGCCUUUAUCUGUGCUGUUCUGGCUAGCACCAUGUACGGCUUCUCCACAAUCACAAGAGGCAUUACCCAGUGGCAAAAAUAUGGCUACAACGCCCUUGUGACAGGAUGUUCCAUCUCCCUUGGCCUGGCAUUCGCUGCCCAGUUUAACCAAUACGCCGAAAUGAUGAGGUGGAGGUUUCUUGCUGCCCAGUAUCGCAACAUGCGUGACUUUGAGCUGGUUCUUGGCUGUUCUAGCUAUCGCAAUACUCUACAAAUCGCUUUUCGAGGAUGGAGGCCAGGCACUUGGUAUCCGACCAAGCAACAAAUUGUCGCUCUGUGUUGGUUCUCCGUAUUCGUCACUUUCAACGUCUUUGUCGCCUUGAUUGGUCUGACAUAUUCUAUCGACGUUUCCAACCAGUUCAUGCACUUGGUUGCCGGUGAGAUGGACGUUGCCAAUCUACGAUACAUUGCCAGCGGGCAACAGCCAGAUGACGGGGUGGACUAUCCCCUUCCUUAUCAACAAGCAGCAGCAAAUCUAUUUGGCCAACUAGGGCAGAACAGUUAUGAACUCGGUGCUGAUACUUACACUUUCGUUAACGCCAAUCCCAAAGACAGAAAGAGUCAAGCGAUUUCUACAAGAUAUAUCACGACUGCUGCAACCUGUCAAGAGGUGGAGAUUCUUCUCGGUGGACACGCUGGGUUCCGGGCCAAUACAACUGAGGACCAGGAUACAGAUCAAGAUACAGACCAGACACCAGACCAGACACUAAUAUGGGUGGACGAGAACGGCAAUCAGCACACAGACGUGGUUAGCUCAGUGGCAACUGGGUCAACUACUUGGAUGAGCAAUACCACCAUGGGUGGCUGUGGUCCACGAUGUGCACAGAUGCUCGCUCUCCAAACAUCCGACAUUCGCGUCGUUGACGAUGUAUCCGAUUCGUUCAUGCCCUCUCCUCGUCUCUGGGCGUGCAAUAACACUCUAGAGCAAGUGACACACGCGGAUCCGAACAACGAGGGGAUCACUGAUAUUAACGCGCUUGAGAUGCCAGACCUGCAGGCUUGGAUAUUUGCGGGAGCCAUUGGAUGGACCGGAGUUUGCAGCUCCGAAAUCGACGAGAAUGGCACUGAGAGGUGUGGUGACUUGCAGUAUAUCUUGUUCAAUGGCGACACCCACCUCUCGCUGCCCGCCGAUGUGACUGCCGAAGACGUCGCUGGUACGGUGGUGGGCUUCACCAUCGGCGCGAUAACCGCGUUCGACACAAAUGGCCCUCGACAAAAUCUGACCGGGUCAGACAGCCCGAGACCGGCGCAAGUGGUGGUGGUUAGGUGGCCAUAUGCAGGAGCCAUUCUUGCCGGAAUUCCGUUCGUCCAAUUCGUCAUGCUGCUGGGUGUUGUGUGGUUCUCGAGCAAGGCCGUCAUCAUUGAGCCAGGCUACAUGGCUAUCUCGCACAUCCUCAAGCCCAUCGUCGACAAGGUUGGUGAAGCAGGACCAUUGCUCUCAAUGGACGAGAUGUCGGACCACAUUGGAGACUACAAUAUUGCAUAUGGUGUGCGACCAGAUCCCAAUGAUCCCGGACACCACGACAAGACAUUUGUACGCAGUCUGGGUUUGAUCGAUGAAAAGGAGGGCUAUGGAUACAUCCGUGGAAGUAUGCCAGAGGGAAGAUAUGAUUGAUUGGGCUUUGCUCAAACAUGAAGGAGUGCUUGGGAUCAGUACUAUGUUAUGGGUGAAGAAUUUACAUUGAUCGAUAUGCAUGCGCACGUAGCAAGCGAGGUGUAUGGUGUCAGUCGUUGGGCUCUCGAACAGAAAUUCGAGACGAAGUGAUAUUCAUUACUGUCAAGACAAGUUUCACAGCUCUUGGUUCAACAAGGACGAAACAUAGAGAGUU